AUGUUCAAUGAUCUGCCCUAUCACCUCAAGACUUGUUUGUUGUACCUAAGUGUCUUUCCAGAAGAUAACUGGAUCAACAAAAAUACAUUGAUAUGGCGGUGGGUUGCAGAAGGUUUCGUUAGCAAUAAACAAGGGAUAGGGUCAUUUGAGCAGGGGGAGAGCUAUCUGAAUGAGCUCAUAAAUAGGAGCAUGAUCCUGUGGAUAGAGCCAUGCCAUAGAGUCAAUGUAGGCCGUUGUCGUGUUCAUGAUAUGGUGCUUGAUCUCAUCCGUAGCUUAUCAAUACUGCGUGUACUUGUUUUAGAGGAAUGUGAAUUUUUGGCGGGAGGUUGUCGCCUUGAGCAUGUUGGAAAGUUGGUUCACUUGAGGUACCUAGGACUGUUCGGCACACCUAUUGAUGAGCUCCCAAGAGAAAUAGGAAAGCUUAUGUACUUACAGUCGCUAGAUGUAAGGGAAAGUGGUAUAGAAGAGUUGUCCCCGUCUGUCGGUGAGCUAAACAAGUUGAUGUGCCUGCGUGCUUCUAAGGGCACAAGAAUGUUGGCAGAUGUAGGUAAGCUAACCUCAUUACAAGAGCUGCGACUAUUCUCAGUGGAUAAGGUUCCAAACUUCUUCAAAGAUUUAGGGAAGCUAACAGAGUUGAUGGUGCUUGAGAUCCAUUUUGACAAAAUGGAUGAGAGGGCUCACAGGGCUCUUGUGAAGUCUCUAUGCAACCUCCGCAGAAUCAAAACUCUGGAGAUAUAUUGUGACUCGGUGGAUAUAGAGGAGUGGCCUCAUCAUGGCGGCUGGGAAGAUUGGACGCCAGCACCUUAUGAGAUUCGUGAGUUGACACUGUCUGGCAUGGUUUUACCAAGAAGGCUGCCGUGGAUGGCUCCCUCGUGUGUCCCCCACCUAUCCUACCUGUUGUUCACAGCUCAGGUGGUGGAACAACAGGAUCUGCGGAUCCUCGGGGGUCUGCCAUCGCUUCGCUGCCUGUACAUCUCGAGUGUUGACAACUGCCCUCUGUAUACUGUUCUAGCAAGCGAUGAGUUCCAAAACUUGAGAUAUCUGAGCACCAACAUAGAUAUUAAGUGUGGGGAGGGAGCACUGCCUAUGCUUCAUAAAUUGGUAUGUGGCGCCAGCAUAGGAAUGGAAGAUAUUGGUUUGGUACCGGGCAGCAUGCCUUUGCUGGAGAAAGUCACCUACUGGCUAAAUUGCAAGAAUUGCAACGGUGAUGAGGUGGAGGAAACGGAGGCAAAGCUGAGGCACGCCACCAGGAUCCACCCCAACAGUCCCGCCCUUGCAAUACGAAGGCACAACUACAAGCACACUUCCUCUGGAACAUACAAGGACCAACAACAGGGGCUGCCAAGGUUAAUUAUUCAAUCACUCAAGCGUGUGAUACGUGAUGGUGGAGAGGUUUCGGCCACCGAUGAAGAGCCGGAUGAUGGUGGCGCGCGCAAGAUAGCUCGUAUCGUCAAAGAGGAGGCAGCGGCAGCGCCGCCCAUGCUUAAAUCAUGUUGUUCCAUUAACAAGGUAUGA